UCCCCCGCGGUGGUUUCUCGCGCGCGUCGACUUUUGAUCAGCCCCCGAAUUACAACGCGACGAAAUUUUACGUGUGCGUUCUUUCAAAUGAAAUAACAAAAAAAAACGUUUAUCGGGUGACAAAUUUUCCGGGAAGUUUCGGGUUCCAAACGGACCAAUACGAGCCGUGAGUGUGGGUGCUUUCGUUGCCAAAAUGUCACAUUGAAAUAACGAAAAAUGGAGAAUCUGUAAAGGGGGUGGAAAGUCAUUGUUGUGAAAGUUGAAGUGUGACCGGCGCUGGAUUGAGCUUCGAAUCUCAACGCCGGUUCGAUCGCCUCGGCUCGUGGAGAGUUCUGAGUGACGAUUGCCAAGCGACCGGAGAGUUUCGAGUAGAAAAUAAGUAAACCCGGUUUUUCGGGCCCGUGAGAAUUUUGUACAUUGUUAAAUAGUCAAGUGAGCCGUCGAUCAUGUGACGAGGAUGUCGAGCAGUGAGCGUGCCCAAGUGUUGGAACGGUUCGAGGAUCUUCGGACAUAAGAAAUUCUCAAAUUUGUUUGCCUCCAAUUGAACCAAAACUCUAAACCAAGAUCCAUCGUCUCGACACCGUGCUCUUUCGUCCGAACAAAGAAUCGCGCAGAAAGUUUAUACUCUCAAGACAUAAAAACCGAGUAAGAAAACUUGGAAAAGUGUGCCACGAGUUCACCCAACUUUUUCACCCUUUCACAAGUUUUACUUUUCGUCAAAUCGUUCCCGAAUUCGGGCAAAUAAAUAAAUAACGAUCGGUCAAUCACGGAUAACGGAUCCCUGAAAUAGUGCCAGGCUCCGCAGGCCCCAACGGCGAUGUCUGCUUUCUUUUUUAUGCGCCAAUCAUGAAUUUAACGUGGCCCAUUGUCGUUAUGGCAUACCACCCACACGCAUAGAUAUAUCUAUACAUUUACACGCGUCCAUGUAUACGUGUGUCCUUUACGACUAUAAUAACAUUUUGUUCGGGAGCAAUAACGUUCGUUUGCUAAUAGUACAAUAUUUAUUGAGAAUAUAAAAGACCGUUUCGAUCGUUGUUCUAUUCGUGAUUUUCGUUAUUACGCAAGUUAAUUGUGUCACCAUUAGAAGUCGUUUCGUUCGAUUCACGAUCAAUUUUGUUCCCCUGUACAAUAGUCCGUUGAAAUAUUCAUAGUACGCAGAGGGAGAAGAGCAAGGGAAAUAGCCCGAGGGCGUUCAUUGGAAUACAUAAUUUUUGACGAAACUUUGAUUGCUCCGUGCUCAUUAGACUCACAAUUCUAUUCAUAAAUCCGUAGACGAAGCGAGCGCUCGUUUAAUCUCACGUGCGAACGACCACCUCGUACAUAUGCAUGUCUAAAUAUCAAUAAAAUAUGCGGGAGUAAUCGAUAUUACAAAAACGAAUGAAACGCGUUCGGAAGGUUAUUUGUUUUAACGAAUCAAGUCAGUACACAGAGCGGCUGUUGAAUCGAACGGGAUUUUCACAUCGCUCUGUAUAGCCCUGCCCGAAAGCGACAAUAAAUUUCGACGCAAUUUUCUAUGUACAUUUUCGACUCGACGACAAUAACGGGAUCGGCCGAUGGAACGAUUUUAUUCCUCGAAUAAAAUGACGCUAUUGAACUAUUUCUAAAGCCAUUUAAAUGCUAAAUAAAUCUUUUUUCAAAUUACUAAGUUUUGAUGUUUUAAAUGAACGUAAAUCGAGAACGCUCCUCGUAGGAAAGACAUGCGGAAAGGGAGAGAGAGAGAGAGACUCGCGGAAUGAGCCAUAAAAGAAAAGUCAAUUAAACUCGCUCGAGUCUUGCACAAAACUUUCCUAUUUGGCUGAUCUGAUUGAAAGGUCUUUUAGUAAAAGUGCAUUUUUUAUAAUCCCUCGUGAAUAUUAAUGAGAGAACCGCAAUCAGUUCGACGUUUUAUUGAUAUCAGUGAGUUCGACGCUUUUUUGUGAUCAAAACAGUGUUCAAGUGACGUCCGGCCUGAUUUUUCUUCCAAGAUUUAUCUUCCGGUGUGUGAAUCUCCUUUUGGUAGUUUGAUUUUCGUUAUUUUCUAUUUUUUCCAUCCUCACUCGUGAACUGUGAGUCCCGGCUGCAGUUUUUGGUGGAGUAUUUUCGUUUGCUCGUUUUUUUAGUUUCUCUCCUCUCGUGUACUUUCAGCGACCUCGACACACCGUCUUGGGACGACGAUCUACUUUUGAAAGAGGAGGUCUCAUGGGAGUCUGAAGAUGGCUGACAUGACGGUCCUUCGGGUCCUCCUGGCCCUCCUGGGAGGAACACAAAUACUGCGAGCUGAACCGUCUCCUUCGCCGACAGUCAAAAGCGCUGGUUCGAGUCUAGCGAGUGUAGUUGCUGGGAGUAGCAAGCCAACGAGAGCUUGGGACAAGCCAUACUUCGACGACAUUUCGCCCAGGAACGUGACGGCCAUCGUCGGCCAAAAAGCCGAACUAAAGUGUCACGUUAAACAUCCAGGCAACCGAACGGUUUCCUGGAUGCGAAAAAGCGAUCUUCACAUUUUGACAUCGUCGAUAAUAACGUACACGAGUGACGCGAGAUUUUCGGUCAAGCAUCCGGAAGCUAGUGACGAAUGGCGGCUGACGAUAGCGUUUGUACAGCCACGUGACGCCGGCGUUUACGAGUGUCAGGUCAACACCGAGCCGAAAAUGAUGUUGGCUUUCUGGCUCAGAGUCGAAGAGAGUGCCCCUGUCACUGCCGCAACGACGAAAGCCUCUCGCCGGACGUUCAAAUCAGCGGCACAAGCGAAAAUCCUUGGGACGACAGAGCUGUACGUUAAGAAGGGUAGCACAAUAAGCCUCACAUGCACGGUUAACGUGCAGAGCACACCCCCGAGCAGCGUAAUAUGGCAUCAUGGUGGAGCAGUCGUGGAUUUCGACAGUCCCAGGGGCGGUGUUUCCCUGGAAACUGAGAAAACCGAGAGUGGCACAACGAGCAAGCUUCUCGUGACACAGGCGAGAUCCAGUGACAGCGGAAAUUACACAUGCGUCCCAAGCAACGCGAACCCCGCGAGCGUGAUCGUCCACGUACUGAAUGGUGAGCAUCCGGCAGCGAUGCAACACGGUGGAAGUUGCGGACUCGCACCAACGAUUCUCCUCGCGACCUUCACGCUUCUCUUUGCGAAUCUACUGAGGUGAGCGAACCCGCCACGUUUCCACGAGGCCUAAAUCGACUAUAUAUCAAUAUAUAUAUUUAUAUAUACUCCGAAGAAGCACGUUAUAUAUACUUAUAUAUAUGUGUAUGUGCGACAAAACUCUCGUGUACGUGAGUGCUCAUCGAGUGCCCUCAAGUCGUUUUCAUCAAGAAGAACACAGUAGUUUGAGAGGAGUGAACAACAACAACAACAACAGAAAUCACAAAUCGAUCAUUCUCAAUGUCAUUUUAAUUAAAAAUUUUCAAUAACGAAUAAAUCAAUGGAAAAUUUAUCGAAGAGCCCGUCGAGGAUGAAUGAAUGAAAAAAAAAAAAAGAAAAAUUGGGUUUUCUCUUCGAUUUAAAAGUGUCAUAGUUUUUCGGGGCGUAAUGGAAACGAAAAGGAAAAGAAAAAAUUGCUGGUGAGUGCGUGAGACGAAACCGAAAACGUGAAAUUGCUUUCAGAUCGUUGUUGUUGUUUUUUUUUUUUCUUAUUGAAAAUAACGAAUCGUAAAAACACGUUGGAAGAUAAAAUGGUGCGUGAACAUGCUGAUUAAAAGUAUAUCAACGAGAGUGAAUUAUGCAACGGGAGAUUAAAAUCUCCGGUUGAGAUGAAAUCUAAUGGUGGAGAGACAAUUAUUCUAAAAAAACAACCCUCCGUCGCUCGGUCUUAAUUCAUCGGAAUCCUACGGAGACGAGGGGGCGAAAUAUAUAUAGGGAUAAGGAAAAAAUCAUGUAUCUACUUCUUCCGCGAGGAUAUGAGAUUUUCUGUAAAUAUUUGAAUAUUAAACGGGUAGAUUAUAAAACGAGAUAUCGAUUAAAAUAAUUGUACAGUCCAUUGUAUAUCUAUAGGAGAAAUAAAAACGGGGAUGAAGACAAGGUCGCGUCUUCGUAUUUACCGAUUUAUACAGGCGGCCCCUUUCUUUUUUAAAACUGUUACUUUAUCUCGCGAAUGAUAAUAAUGAUCGCAACUGUAAAUUCGGUAAAUAUGUCUCGGUAGAUCGACGAAAAAUGAAGGAACGAAGUGUUUAUACGAUAGAAAAAUUGACGGUGUAAUAUAUAAAUAAAUGAAUAAAAUUACGUAAAAUCGAGUGAAAGAUAAGAUUACGCUUCAUCGUAAGUGUUAUGCGAAAGCUUGGAAAAAAAAAAAAAACAAAAUGAAAAAAAUUUAACAAAUUAAUUGUUUAUUGUUUCUCGAGCUUCCAUUCAUUUCUGGAGAUCGCUCGGUAACGAAAAUCCAAUUUUUUUAGCCUCUCAUUUUCAGUUGUUUUUAGAGAAUUGAUCAAAUGGAAAAAUCAAACGAAAUUUGCGACUCGAUGAAACGAACAAUCAAACCAUCAUUGUCAAAUCGCGUCUCGUUAAUAUAAAAAUGCAUAUUUGCUAAUGCGUCAAAUACAAAAAAUGACAAUGUGCGGCGACCGAGGCGUUAUCUAGGAACUGAACUAUAAGACUAGAGAUCGUAAAUUAAUGAGAAGGAAAAAUCGCAUUAAAUAGACGAUUAUUAUACAAGAUACGAAGGUAAUAUUAAUAUUAAAAUACCAUAAAAAAAAAAAAAAACAAACAAAAGAAAACAAAAAACAAAAAACGAAAAAAAAAGAGAAAAAACUAAUUAUUCGUUGUACGAUAAAAGAAAAAUGUUAUAGUUAAAUUAUAAAAAUAUGUGGAAGUUUGUGAAAGCGAGAUAAGCGCGAGAGCGAUCGAAACUAAAAGUCAGCGAAUCCUCGACACGGUAACAUUUUUAGUAUUCAUUUCAUUUAUUCUCGUUGAGACUUAUGCAGAAUCGAGAACGGAGCGUGAGACGGGAAGAGACUUAAUUGCGUGGCUGGAUCCUAGGAGAAAGGAAGCAAAACAAUGGCUGGCAAUGUCCUUUGAGAAAUCAGAGACUAAUGCACGGGAGAAUCGAUACACCGAGAUUUUCACAUUUUCAUUUUUUUUCUCCUAAGAACAAACUCGCUGUACGUAUUCGUGUCCUCGCGCGCCUGUUUUUUCGAAGGCGUCAAUGGAACGGAGCUCAAGCGUCAAAAUAAUAGGAAAAAGAAAAACAAAAUAUCUAUAAUAAUAAUAAAUGAUGAAGGAAAAUAAGAGAAUACACGAAAUAUGAGACUCUUCUUUUUAAUUUGCGAGUGAUGAAAUCGGAGCGAACGAGGAUUAUCGAAAAAAGUCAGUCUGAAUGGUGCCUAUGUGGGUCAACGGUAAAUAUGGAGAGAUAAUAAAAUGGAAUAUGGUCAUUGGGGAUAAAAAUAAUUUGGCGAUGGGAAGAUAAAAAUCGAAAGAAAAAAAAAUUAUCACUUUUCACUGAUUAAUCAUUCACUUUGAUUUUUAUAACCAUCAGUUUUUCGCUUAAAAUCAUUAUCUUUGGAAUCAAAAAGGUAAUGAGACGCACGAAUAUACUGACAGCGUCCCUGAUACGAGAAUGGAGACAUCCAGUGAUUUUUUCGCAUGAUAAAUAACGAGCCAACAUCGAGCUUCUUGGAAACGGAAACGAUUUAAUUGGACAAUUAUAUAUUCGGUUAAAGUUUGUCGUGGCAUGACAAUGACUAAAUUUCGAAAGAAGACAAAGAGUAAAAAAGAGCAUUCCCAUUACUUUCUCUCUUUUGUAGGUAUAUAUAUAAAGUUGAAUGAGUUAACGAGACGUUGUUAGCAGAGCGUGGUUGACGAUCGAUCAAAGCGCUAAUACGGGUGUUUUUUCUUCUCGUUCCUUCGUUCUCUUUCUCGCCGUUUCUCUCUUUCUUCUUGCACUGCCUCCCCUGGCCUCCUCUCAAUUUAUCUCGGAACGAUAACGGUUUCAGUGGUGAAACCCUUGGCCACGAUACGGCAUUUUUUGCCCCCUCCGUUAAACGAAUAAAAAGUAAGGGAAAAGAACGAGUGAACGCGUGGAAAAGAAAUUGAACGAGGUAAAACAAAGGUACGAAGUGAAUAUCCCGCGUAAUUUUAAUCGCCAUGAAAUACGUAUUCGCACAGGAGCCCCGCGCGAUGCGAAUUUCUCUGAUUAUUAUUUUUUUCACUCACCACAGUGCAACGCGCUUCGAGAAAAUAAAUUCCAAUAGCUGAUACGCUCGUUAACAUUUUUCUCAUAUAUUUUCAUUUACGUUAUUAUUGGAUAUUGUUUAUCGAAACGAAAUAAAAUUAUGAGCUGAUAACCACCAAACGGGAAUCGAAUUAAAAGAGCCAAUUUUUCCUCGAACAAGUGAACUCAUCGAUGGUUGCACGCUUUAUACGAUUCCGAGAAAGUACAUGGAGGACUCGAAGAGAAAAAAAUGCAGGGAAAACUGUCGGAGCGUCGCGUAAUUCCGGACGCUCGACAUUUUUUUUUUCUUUUUAUUAGUCGAGACAAUGAAAUUCAAAUCAUAAACCGCAACUGUAAAUAAACGGAGGAUGAGAUGGAAGUGAAUGGAAAUGUUGGGACAGCAGUGUUAAUGAUCUGCGAGAAAAACCCACGAUAAUCGUAUAUCAUGUCGUAGAAAGAAUAAAAAAGCGAUAAAACAAAGACAAGAAUGUUUGUGCGUGAGCGAGUGAAUUUUUUCGAACGAAAUAUUAUUAUACCUGCGCGUGACGAAUGACGAAUGAAUUGUAAAAUUCGAGAUACACUUGUAAUGUAAAGCGAUGAAAAAAAGCAAAAAAAACUAUCCCAUUGACGUGACAUUACUGUUUAAAUAAAUGUAACGAUUAUGACGAAAGAAAUGAAAAUGAAAA